AUGAUAAAAUUUUUUCUUAUGGUAAACAAACAGGGUCAGACAAGGCUCUCUAGGUAUUAUGAACAUGUAGAAAUUAAUAAACGGACAAUGCUGGAAGCUGAAGUAAUCAAAAACUGUCUCUCACGUUCAAAGGAUCAGUGCUCCUUCAUCGAGUAUAAGGACUUCAAGCUGGUAUACCGACAGUAUGCAGCCCUGUUCAUAGUCGUUGGAAUCAACGAGGCAGAGAAUGAGAUGGCAGUAUAUGAACUAAUUCAUAACUUUGUGGAAGUUUUGGACAAAUACUUCAGCAGAGUG